UUUAUGUUCACUGUAAAGACACCUGUGGGAAGUGUUUAUGUUUCUAAGAAAAGUAAAAGCAAACUUCCAGGUGCAGGAUCAUGCUUGAAGAUCUUCUUCAGUCCUCCACUUCAGUCUUGCUUUUGGGGGUCAUCUUUGGCCUGCUGAUCUUCCACGUUCUUUUCACCAGCUCCAGCUCCAAAGAAAGGAGGGAGCCUCCAGGACCCAAACCUCUUCCUCUGCUUGGUAACCUGUUACAGGUGGAUCUCAAGAGACUGGACAAAUCUCUUUUUGAUCUGUCUAAAAGACAUGGACCAGUGUUUACAGUCUACUUUGGACUAAAGAAAGUCGUAGUUCUAGCAGGUUACAGGACAGUCAAACAGGCUCUGGUAAACCAUGCUGAAGAGUUUGGAAACCGAGAAAUCACUCCCAUUUUCUAUGAUUUUACCAAAGGACAUGGCAUACUGUUCUCCAAUGGUGACUCGUGGAAAGAAAUGAGGCGUUUUGCUUUAAGUACCCUGAAAGAUUUUGGAAUGGGCAAGAGGAUUAGUGAGGGGAAAAUCAUUGAGGAAUGUCACUAUCUGAUCAAAGAAUUUGAGCAACAUGAAGGGAACACCUUCAAAAAUAGUCAAUCAAUUAUUUAUGCUGCUUCAAACAUUAUAGCAGCCAUAAUGUUUGGAAAAAGGUUUGACUACAACGACCCCGUCUUCCAAGCUAUGGUGGAACGAGACAAUGAGUCCAUCCGUUUGACGGGAUCAGCUUCCAUCCUGAUAUACAACAUAGUUCCUUGGCUGGGCCCUUGUCUUAAAAACUGGAGGGAUUUGAUGAAGAAUAUGGAAGACAACAAGGUGGAAAUGAAAAGGAUCAUAACAAACCUUAAAGAGACUUUCAACCCUGAGACGUGCAGAUGCUUUGUUGAUGCAUUUCUGAUUCAUAAGCAAAAACUGGAGGAGUCUGAAAUCAAGGAUUCACACUAUCAUGACGAUAACCUGCUCUAUAGUGUGUCAAAUUUGUUUGCAGCUGGAACUGAAACCACAGGAAAUACACUUCAGUGGUGUCUGCUGUACAUGGCCAAGUACCCUCAUAUUCAAGACCAGGUUUUGGCAGAGCUGGACAGGGUGGUUGGAAGUCGGCAAGUUCGUCUCGAGGACAGAAAAAACCUGCCGUACACUGACGCCGUUAUCCAUGAGUCCCAAAGACUUGGAAACAUUCUCCCUAUUGGUCCUCCUCUCACAGUCAGCAGAGAUGUCACCUUUCAGGGCUACUUUAUCAAAGAAGGAACUACUGUAUUUCCCCUUCUCACAUCGGUCCUGUAUGAUGAGAGUGAAUGGGAGGACCCACUAACUUUUAACCCUUCUCAUUUCCUUGAUGACGAGGGUCAAUUUAUCAGGAGAGAUGCCUUCAUGCCAUUUUCUGCAGGCCGCAGGGUGUGUCUUGGAGAAAGUCUGGCCAGGAUGGAGAUCUUCCUAUUCUUCACUUCUCUCCUUCAGCACUUUCGAUUCACUCCCCCACCUGGAGUGUCAGAGGAUGAACUCGACCUGACACCAGUUGUGGGCUUUACACUCUCUCCUUUGCCUCAUGAACUGUGUGCAGUAAGACGCCAAUGAAAAGAAACAGAACUUUUUCAUGAUUGUCUUUUUGUUUUGUUUUUUUUUAAAGCUGAUUGCUUCCAGCCCCAGAAAUACAGUUUAAAUAAUGAGGCACCUCAAGUUUCUGAGGGUUAUUUUCUUCCUGUCUCUGUUAGAUGAUGAACAUUUUACUGUUAAGGAAUUUAACAGCCUAGAUAUUGGUGGAUGUCUUGGUUAACCAUUUUUCCUCCUGUCUUCUGUCAUUUUUAAAAUUCAAAGCCAAAAAAACAAUAGUGUCUACCAAAAAAAAGUCGGUAAUAUAUUGAAGCUUCUGUUUGUAAUAUAAAGAAAGUAAAUUCAUGCUGACAUACAUAGUUGAUAUAUUUAACUGGUGAAUGACACAUUUUUCCCUAAACAAGCUAUGCAGGCAUGUUGCCAUGGCAAUAUUGUUGCGAGAUUGUAUCAAGCCUCUGAUUUUAGGGCAAAGUUUACUACACAGUGCAUACAGGAUAGCAGCAUUUUCCUCAUGACCCUAAUUUAAACUCCAACUAGAAAAUGAGAACCGCAGAUCACACUAAUUCAGAGUUCUUUUGCUGCACGAUUCCGUAAUCUUAACCAUUCUGUAGCUGUGCUUGUCACAGUGUUUGCUUGUUUAAUACAUGUAUACAUUCUGGUGACUUUAAAAGACAAAAUAACCUUUGGCAACCAGUAAAGGUGCCCAUUAAUUUUGCUCUUUGCACACUUCAAAAGUAGAUACCUGUGGCACUCAACAGACCGGCAGUUUAGAAUCAACAGACACAUAUGAGCAAUAUGCUUCUUUGACUCCUCAUGUAUCCAAUUACCCUACUGAACUGAAAGCUGAUAGUAUGCAAGAGU